AUGCCUCCUCCCGAGGGGGUGUACAAGGAGUCGCGGGUGUACCAGUACCGGUCGGAGCGCUCGCCCUCGCCGCUCGACGAGUCCAGGUACGACAGGACAGUGCACCGGUACAAGGUGACCCCCAACCGCACCGAGCGUGUCGUCGAGCGGGUGGAGGAGUAUGACGACGACUAUGACCGUCGCUUCCGCUCCGGCGACUACCCAGGUCGCUCCGACGCCCUUGACGUGGAUCGCCGGGAUCGCUACAUACCCGAGCGCCCGCGCUCCGCCUACGAGCCCCGCAACACCAGCACCGUCGAGCACAAGCACGUAACCAAGCGCGACUACGACGGCGACGGCGUCGCCGACGACGUCGAGAUCGUUCGCGAAUCCCGUAAGUAUGACCACGACCGCGGCGCCGAGACCAGCCGCCAGGUCGUCGAGCGCAUCGAGCGCGAGCCCGGCGACCCCUACGGGCCCGAGGUCAGGUCCCGGGUCGAGCGAAAGGUGGUCGAGCACACGGGUGACCGUUACGACCGUGGUCCGCUGUCCCCCCACGAUCGCGAUCGCGACUGGGACCGCCACUCGCGCACCGGCUGGGAACGCGAUUACGACCGCGACACCGACGUCCGCGUGGAGAAGCGUGUCGAGCGCCGCGAGGACGGCGAUGUCAAGGUUGAGCGCCGCGUCGAGGAGCGCCGUGAGGACGCUUACGGCGGCGAGGUUGUGGGCUACCGCAAGGAGACGGAAAUCUACGAGCCCGCUGGGCCCACCUCCCCCAUCCAAGUCACCCCUGUGGUCAUCCGCUCGCGUCCUAUAGAGCAAAAGAUCAUCUUCCAGGAGGCCCCGCCCCCGGCCCCGCUGGUCGUACGCGAGCAGCGGGAGCAGCGCACCUAUGGAGACGACGAGUACUACUACCGCCGCUCCGAGGCCCGUGAGGUUGGCCCCUAUCGCGGCCGCGACGUCCGUGAGGAAGAGUAUUCCGUUGAGCGCCACAGGGACGAGCGCCGUCCUGCCCGUCGUGAGUACAAUGACGACGAGGACUACUACGUCAAGAAGAAGACCACGGUUGUGCGCGAGCGUAGCUCCAGCGCCGACCAUCACCGCAAGCGCCACUUGGCCGAGGGCGCCAUAGCAGGAGCCGGUGCUGCCGCCCUCCUCGCUACCCGCCGCGGCGAUAACGGUGGUAUACAGGAGAACCGCGGCCGCAAGGUGAUCGCCGGUGCUGCCCUCGGCGCCCUGGGGACAGAGGUCUUCAAGCGUGCCCGCAGCGCAUACAAUGAGCGCUACGUCGAGGAGGAGCGCGUGCGCGGCCGGUCGCGGACCCGGUCGAGGUCCCAUGGCCGCGACCGGUCCAUGUCGCGCACGCGGUACAUCACCAGCAGCAGUGCCGACAAGGACGACAGGCACUCCAAGCUCAAGACGGGCCUGGGCAUUGCUGCCGCCGCCCUGGCUAUCGCGGGAGCCACCAAGUAUUACCAAGCCUCCAAGAUCGAGAAGGAAGAAGGGGCGAGGGGCCGUAGCCGCCGCCGCUACUCCUCGGAUGGCUACUCGCGCUCGACGUCGCGCAAGCGCAGUCGCAGCCGUGCCGCAAGCAUGGCCAAGGCCGCCGCGGGCACCGCUGCCGUUGCCGGCAUCGUGAAGCACUUCCGCGACAAGUCCAAGGCCAGGGACGGCAGCGGGUCGCGAUCCCGGUCGCGGUCGCGGCUGCGAACCGGCGCCCAGAUCGUGGCCGCGGGCUUGGCCGGCGCUGGCGCAAAAAACCUAUACGACCGCCACCAAGAUAAGAAGGAGCGCGAGCGGUCGCAGUCGGCGGCCCCGCGUUCGGGCGAGAGCAAGCGGUACAGCAAGAACCGCAGCCGCAGCCGCAGCCGAAGCAGCUCAGAGUUUUCAGACCGCGACCGCCGCCGCCGGUCCCGGUCCCACAGCAGGUCGAACGCCCACCACAGACCGAAACCCCUCCCCUAUGCCGACUCCGGAAGAGCUGACCCCGAACUAGGUAUGGUUGAGUACGGGAACGAUCCCCUCGGCCGGAACGACCGCCGCGGGGGAGGAGGGGCAGUUCCGGUCGUGGCCCGCGCCGGCACCCGCGGCGUCGCCAGCGACUACGAUUCGGCGGCCGAGGAAAGCGACCGAUCCAGGCUCCGCCACCGCCGCGGCGGCCGGCGCGCGUCGAGCUCUGCGAGUUCGUCCGACAGGGAGCCCAAGGAAGUGGAGAAGAAGCGGAGCAGGAGUCGGAUCAGGGAGAUGGCAGCCGCGGGCGCGGGCGUCGCGGCGGCGGCCAUCGGGCUCAAGACAAUUCAGAAGCAUCGAGAAAAGUCCAAGGAGAGGGAGAAGGAGGAAGAGGAUGCGGAUAAGCGCGAGCGUGAGCGCGAGCGUGAGCGUGAUCGUGACAAGAGGGAUGCUCGUGAACGAGACCGUGAACGGGACCGUGAACGGGACCGUGAACGGGACAGAGACCUUGAUCGAGACCAUGUCAGGGAUCGUGACGACCGCGGACAUGACGACCGGAGAGAUAGAGAUAGAGAUAGCAUCAGGGAGCAGAGGGCGAAAGACAGGGAGCGAAGAAGGUUCGCGGAUGAGGCGACAGAUGACGGCUACGACAGCCACGACGACUACUACCACGGCCAUCGUCACCAGCAACACUCUCCACCACACGCCUCUGGUGGCUUCCGGCCAGGGCCUGCAAUGUCGGGAACCGCCGGAGGGGUCGCAGCAGCCGGUCCCGGCGCCUUUACCCAGCACCCAAACGUGGUAUCAACAAACCUGUCGGAUUUCGAGUUUCCGCAACGCCCAAACGGGGCAGCGACGCCCACGGGCAUCCCAUACCCGCCAGCAGGGCCCCCUCCGCCCCCAGGGCCCCCUCACCAGAUGGGCAUGGGAAUGCCUCCCCCGACAAACAUGGGACCACCCCCCACAGUACCGAUGCCGCCGUACCCCACGGGCCCGCCGCAGGGACAACCGAUGCCGCCGCCCCCAGCGGGUUACCCGCCUACUCACCCCGGGAUGAAUCCCCACGGCGACCAAAUGGUGUAAAUCCACGAGGCCGCCGCCACCGCUCGUCUUCGCGGCCCAAAUCCCGCGCAUCAUCCAAAGCGUCCUUUGUCUCUGAUGCCCACAGUCCGACGGACAUGGAUUCUCCUCAGCCGCAGGCCGAGGCUGCAAAAUCCGUCAUAUUCAUCCCACUCAGUCCCAAGUCUUCGCAGACGCUGAAGCGACACCACAAGGAGUCGGGAGCCAAACCAGACGACCAAAAGAUAGACCCUAUAGGCCCUGCGCGCGAUCCAGCCGACAGCCAGCAGCUCGUACCACACUCUGCCUUCCCGCACUACUCUGAAGACAAGGCCUCCGCAUCCUCAAGCGCUCCACCAGAGCCCCCACAUCACCGGCGGCGGUCCGGGUCGGACGCGUCCGAUCGCGCGCUCAGCUCACGGCGCCGACACGGGCCCAGCUCGUCUGCCAAGGAUGAUGACGAGGUGGUAAUCGAGUCGCUCCCGGACCGGUUCGACUCGCACGGACGUCCGCUUGACCAGCCGUCACGCCCGGCAUCGAGGCGAGGAGACUUUGAGUACAGAAGCCAGCGGCCCGACGGCUUCCAGGCGCACGGCCAGUGGGGCGUGGCGGGUUCCGAUGGUGAGGCUGUCGAGAGGACAGCGCGCCAGAUACAGGGCCUGCUUGAGGGGAAAAGCGGCUGGCUCGGCAUGCUGGGCGGCCUGCUUGGCGCUACGCUAGGCAGCGCGGAUAAGAGAAUCGACGAUGACGGCCGGGAUGAUGCGGGGCCGUCGGACGGCGGGAGGGAGAGGAGGCGGGACCGCGACCGCGAUCGCGGCAGGGACCGACACAGCGACAAGGACAAACGCGAGGAGAGGCGCAGGGACAAGGCGUGGACUCAACCGGUAGGCGACGAGGAGGAGGAGGAGAUCCUAUACGGCGGCGGCGAUUACAGAGAGGCUGACGACGAGGUGGGGCACGGGCAUGGACAUGGACACGAUCACGAUCACGGCAGGCACAGGCGCGAGAAGCGAAGGAGGGAUCGGGAGCGAGAGAGGGAACGGGACUGACGACGAAACUCGGAUCAUCUGACGACUUGACGACCACGAUCUGCUUUUUGUUAUCUUUGGUUAAACGUUUUGUUGUUUGGUUUUGUUUAUCGCGCAUUGGCUUAUAUCCAGACUGAAGAGCUAUUUCCGUUGCGUUAUCAGACUUGAGAUGGGGCAUGGAUAUUGCGAGAUUUUCUGUUUCCUGCUUUCCUGCCAGACAAGACGUUGUGUCUCGACACUUGGACAUUUUCUUUUUUUAUCACUUUUAUGAGCCUACAACGCCGCCAUGAUAUUACACUACGAUGCGAUGAUAAUCAUAAGGAAAAUAAAACUGGCACUGGAACUCUCGUCUUCCCAUCUCA